GAGUAGCUUUAUUGUUUGAUGGCUUUAAAACCUCAGUGUUCACAAACUCCAGUGAAUUACGGGGGAAUGAGAAUAUAAAUAAAGAAAGGUUUGAAGUUUGCAGUUGCUUCUCCCUGCCUCGCUCCAUUUGCUUAGCACUAUCUUGGUGGAAGAUAGCAUUGAUUAUCAGUGCCUUUAAAAGAGGAGUGGGGGAGGAUUGCACUAAGAGUGGCUCAAACUUCAGUGUGUUCUUAGCAUCACCUUUAACAGUCAUUUGGGGUGUUCAAUGACUUGUUAGAGAAUUUGUCUGUAAUCGCGUGGUUCAGGAUUGGACUGCACUGACAGUCACCAAAAUUGAACAGGAGUGCAGGUUCAGUUUUCUUUAUGGAAGAAUCUGGCCACGCGUAAUACAGUUUCGGAGAAAAGUUCCUGAGGUUUGUUUGAUCAUAGUAAUAAUAAUUCCCUCCCUUUCCCCCCCAAAAAUAAAGCACAUCUGGAAAAAAGUGAUUUUAAAAAAAUUGAUCUCUUAACUGAUCUUUUUUCCCCUCCUAUAAACCAGGGGCACGAGCAAGAUCAGAUGAGUUUGGAUCACAGCAUAUCUCUAAAUGCAAAGCCCUGCUUGGGUGCUCCUUCACCUUCCUGCUCCACUUGAUCUUUCAGAAGUGUUGAGCACUGGUUGAUGUAAUUGAGUAUAUUGGAGCUUAGAAAUCUCUGCUGCUGAGUGCAGAUUUAAAAACAAAACUUGUCUCCAUCUGUCUAAUCUCCUUCCCACAAUCGUACUGGGAGAACAGGCUUGGUAGUACGUUCUGGCUAACAAAGAAUAUGAAUUAUGGUUGAGACUGAAGAAAACUCCCAAGUUUUCUUUCUAUAAAGAGCAGCACACAGAGUUUUAAUUAUUAUAAAAGUAUUCUAGAUUUUUUCAAAUGUACUCAACGCUGCCUUAAUGACUGUGCAUGUAAAUGCCCUGUAAUUGAAAGCAGCCAUUUAUGGGCCUGACUUGCUAAGUGAGCUGUAAAUUCUGCUUUUCAGAUUGGAUUUAAUGACUUUUAUCAUAAAGCCACAAACUGGUUGUGAGCUGUGCCGAGAGGCAAACAAUACCUAAGCUUACUUUGCCAAAAUAUUUGUAAUUGUGGAUUUGUUAAACUGAAUUGCUGCAGGUCAUGCGAUGGGAUUAGUUUUUUGUAAUAGAAUGGGGAGUGCAGGCAGUGCUGUGCUCAAUACUCUCUGGGCUAGAAGAAAUUAGUGACCACAGAAAAUCUUGCUAAACGUUGCUUUCAACUUCCUGCAGUGCUGCUGGAUUACAGAGAGGAAGACUUUGUUCCAGAUGACUUUUUAUUGUGAUUAAGUGUGUUUGACAGCAAGAGUGUGAAGGGAGACCAAAAGAGACUGUGAGAGAGCAGCUCCUGGGUCUGCUAUCAGUGUAGUCCGGGGCUUCAGCUUGAUUUAAUUAAGCUGGAGCAAGAUGAGCUUAAUGGAAGACACUCUUCAAGCUCUGCCUGUGGUGGAGGAAGGAGAGUUUGAAGAAGUUGGGAAACUGUUAAGUUAUGCAGAUAGAAGCUGACACAGGCACCCAAGUACCUGCUAAUCAGUUCUGGGACUGCUCCUUUCAGAUUUACCCAGCAGCAUUUCCUUUCUAACCUAAUGGAACUGACUCUUGCCUGUUACACAUGGAAAAUUUUAAUCAAAACAAAUUAGGUGAGAAGAGCUUAAACUGCUGUGGUUUGGAAUGCUCAUUUGGUGCUUUUGUGGCUCUGCUGAGGUCUUCCAGUAUUAAGGAGCAAUGCUGUGAGUUCAUAAAUACUAAGUAUGUGGGGAAAGCAUGCUGCUUUGCAGACAGGUGAAUUGGCUGCCUGCAGGUGUGGUACACUUUCCAGGCUUCUAAGAGAAUGGCUAAGAUAUAUUACUCUUAUAAUUAUCUCAAUCAGAGGUCAGUAAAAUUAACGUCUUCUUUCUCGUAUUUCUGGUUGCAUGCAGUUUAGUGUCACUGGGUGAAUGUGUUGCUUUCAGUCUGUUAGUUUUCUUCUAACAGUUUUUUCAUUACUUUUUGAGUACUACUUAGUAACUGGAGAAAAAUUCAACUUCUGAAGCUUUCCUGUUGUCAUGUUGGUGCUUAUUUUGGUUCUGCACGUAAGAGAUGUGAGUUUUCUCAUUUGAUUCGUAAUCAAUCUUUGUGAAAUGCGUGAGAAGAAAUAUGUCUAUGCUCAAAGUAGAUGUCUAAUUCUCCUCAAUGAGCUACACAGAGGAAAAAGUUGUUAUGCAAAGUUUCAAGAUCCCCUUGAGCAUAAUAAACUUCAUAAUCAGCGUGCAAAUUGAGUCUAUAUAACGGCAUGUUGCAAUAUCCUCCUUCUAAGGUUGUCCUGGAGGAGGAAUUCUCUUUGCUGCUGGUCCCCUGGAUCACAGGCCUGCCUUGAGCUCCAGCAGCUCAUGCAGGAGCUGAGUUUGGAGCUUGGCUUUGCCAAUGAAGCUAUGGCCAGAUGGAGCCCCAGGGGACAGUGUUUCCAAGCCCUCCUCUCAGCUGGGUAAUUGGCUGCGGGGCUCAGCUGGGGGUGAACCAUGGCACAGGGCUGGAUUUUGCUCCCAGCUCUCUGCCACCGUCGGCCCCACAGCAACAAACUCCAGCAUCCUAAGCACAGGAAAGGAAGGAAACACUUGAAGCUGUCCUAUCCCAGCCUUAAUGUAGGGAGAGAAGGAGGUGCCUCACCUGAGUUCUGUGCGUGGUUGUUCUUCAGAAACCUGUGUGUUGAACAGCAGGCUUGAGCUUCUCCAGAUGAUAAAAGAGGUAUCUAACACACCUUUGUAGGGUAAGAAGUAGCCCCCAUUGGGACUCAGGGCGUGAUUUGGAGGGUGCAGGAGAAGAAGUGAAAUGUCCCCUCUUGUCCAUUCCUCUAAGUUCUGUAAAUACAACAUAUUCCUUCUGCAGGGAGAAAGAGCUUUUAGUUACAGUGUACAGAAUUCAGGUUUCCUGCAGGGUGAGAUAGUUAGCACUGGGGAAAUUCGUUUCAGAUUCAGCUGUCUUGUUAUUUGGAAUAGCACAGCUUAAAGAUUCCAGAAGCAGGCCAUAAAUUCUGUUAUGUUUCAGUUUAGUACAAGAUGAAAUGCUGCAUCUUUUCUUAAAGUUUCACAGUCUUAAUGACUUUGCAUUGGUGUAGGUGACAUGGAAUACUACAUAUGCUAUAGAUCUUAAAGCUUUAUCUCGCAGUGCUGUUUGGCAUAAUGUAAGAUCUUGCUACUGCCUUAAACAGAUGAUGCUAGAAUUAAUAUCUUUAUUGUGAAGGAAUUAUCAUAGGGAGGCAUGUGGAGGAGAAAGGUGGAUAUUCCCUCUUCCUCUGAGAUACGUGAAACGUUGUGUGCUGGGUGAAAUUGGUAUAGAAUCUUGUCCAAAUUCCAGGAUUAAUGAAAAAAAAAAAAAAAGAACCUUAUAUAUAACAAAAUAGGUCUGAAACUGGGAAGAAGUAAAGUUUUAGACUCUCUUAAAUGCCACAAAAAGGUUUUCCUUGAUUCUCCUUUAGCUUCUGUCCCCUUCAUUGCAGAAGAGCACUUGAAAAUGAAGUUAUUCUCACCCAGGUUGCAUAGAAUAAAACCAGGAGAGAUCAGAUUUCUUGAUUUCAGAUUUAAGAUGAAUGAACUGGUAUGAAAUACACUGCAUAAGGCUUUACAGUAAUUAUCCAGAAGUCACUUGAUAUUUUUGCUUAUAGUGUAUACCAGACACUCAGGAAGGGGAAACUUCCCUUGAAGAUUUCAGUCUGCCUGCAUGCUGCCCUGAAGUUUUCCUUCAUAUUUUACGCUUAGUUAUUGCUGGGAUCAUAGGCUUAAUAUUUAAUCCCCGUUCCAGAGAACCACAGCAGAAUUGAAUAAUAGCAGACAUGAUUCAAACUGCAACUUUAGAAGUUGCCAGCGAUCACACUGUUUGACCAACUAUAGAAACGUGUGCAUGAGGAAGCGGAAUAUACUGCGGGGGUAGAGAUGGAGCAUACCACCACCAUUAGGCAAUCUGCGAGUUUUCCAGCUAUAAUCUGUUGGAUGUAACAGCACGUGUUCCCUGUGUGCCAGCAGUUCUGACACUGGUAGCCCUCUUUCAAACCCUUGAGUACUCGGAGCUGCGGUUUUAAGGCACAAUCUGGCAAAUGUGGUAGGGAUUGAAGUAGUGACAGCUUUCUGCUCCGUGUCACAGUUGUGCUGCCUUCCUCUGGACGUGCUCUGUGAUGCCUUUCUUGUGAUGAGAGGCUCAACACAGAGCACUGAGGUAUGAUCUCACCUGUGCUGAGCACAGAGAGAUGGCCACCUCCGUGCUUCUGCUGGCAGCGCUGUUUCUGAUACAAGCCAGGAUGCUGUUGGUCUUCUGGGCCACCUGAGCACACUGCUGGCUUGUGUUCAGCUGAGCAUCAACCAGCACCCCCAGGUCCUUCUCCAUCAGAUGCGUGGGGUUGUGGCCAAAGAGCAGGACCUGGCACGUGGUCUUGGUGAAGCUCAUCUUGUUGGCCCCAUAGGCCAGCUGUCCAGCCUGUCCAGAUCAUUCUGUAGGGCCUUCCUAGCCCCAGGCAGAUCAACGCUUCCUCCAACUUGGUGUAAUCUGCACACUUCCUUAGGGUGCACUCAGUCCCCUCCUUUGGUUAAUCAAUGGAGUUGUUAAGCAGGAUUGCCUCACUACUGACCCCUGGGGAGCACUACUCAUGGCUAGUUGCCAGCUGGAUGUAUCUCUGUUCAUCACCAUUCUCUGGAUGGUAGUGAAAACAGUAAACAGGCAGGACAGAUGAUUUUCUGCUUUUGGGAUGGGGCACUAAGCUAGAUGCACUGACUUCUGUCAUGUUAGGGUUUUUCUUAAUUACUUUAUUGCUGCUUUUUCCUUGCAUGAUUGAGGUUUGUACUUUGCUGUGCCUCCUGUAGGCAUGGAGAAGCGUGUAACUUCUGCAUAUGUUAAGCUGGCUGAAAGACUGUCCUGUGUGUAUUCAUCACAGUUGGCUGCAGCGUUAAGGUGAACAAAAUCCUGUCCUACUUGUGUCACGUUCUCUUUGCUCACCCUUUGGAAGAAAUGAGAUUGCUGCUGGAGUAGCUUGUUGAAAUGCCUACUGAUAGAACUGGCAAAUCCAUGACAUGGCAUAACCAUGGCUAGAAGAGCAGUCAGAGCCUCCCAGAAUCACACUUACUCUGCAGCCAUGGCAUAUACGUUGUUUUCUUAAAUCAUGUGUCCUCCUAUUUAAAAAUAAAUUGUUUUAAUGUAAAUAUGACAGCGGGACUAACAGAUAAACUGUGCUUUAUGAAAGCAUCUAUGAAAACUAGUAAAUGUGUAAGGGGAGUGGUAGAAGUCAAGUAAAGAAUCUGAAAAUUCUGAUUAGUUAGGGUUGAACUGUCAGUCUUAUGGAAAUGGGGAGAGGAGGAUUUUUGCCUCAGACUAUCUGGAAAAUGUGAGAGUUCAAAUGUAAAGCAAGUCUGAGAUGCACGGGCUUUCUGCAUGUAGUCUAUUUCAAGACUUUAUCAACGUGCAUUUGAGGCAGAAACACAAAUAGUUGUCUGUAUUUAAAAAAAAAAAAAAAAAAAAAAAGCACCAGAAAUUGUAUAUAGAUAUCAGUGUUAUCUCAAGGGAGAGAAUACAGCAAGCUUGGACACAUCCUCUCGGGGGUGUUGUAAAGCUGAAAAUAGAUAAAAGGACAGAGAAUGUUUAGAAGGUUUGAAAGAAUAGGCAAUUCAACAUCUUGGUAAGUGAGACUGCUGAAGUGCCUACUUUAUAAUGCUGAUAAUCAGGGCAGUUGAAAGGUGACAAAUCAGAAGCUGAAGAGUUGGUGAUACCUGUAUUAUAUGUUAGUGAGCUGCAUAAACUUGGGAAGAACGGGUGUGUGGAUGAGCAGUGAUGGAGGUGUUCGGUUGGGGAUGUCUGUCAGUAUUGGCUCCCAGGGAAAACGUAGCUUGAGUGUGCUGCUUAGCACUGGAUUGAAGACGUUGGCUGUUGAGUUUGUUUCAGUAGUUUGCUGUAGCUGGGGCUCCAGUACAACGCUUCUGCAGUCUGCAAAAUGUGACCUCCAGCCUGACUUAUUGGCCACAAUUCUGUAAUAAUUUAACACCACUGAAAGAACAGUUCUUCUCAUGCUGUGGUCUUAUGUGAAGGUGAAACCUUUCAUGUAGGAUAGAUGAGUUAUUAUUUAAAGCUGCCUGUGGAAUAUAACCCAGCUUUUGUUGACCUGUUGGUUCUCAUUGAAAUUGUGAAGGUGUGAUGAAGCAAAAAUCAGCCAGGAAUACCAUAACCUGAAGUGUCCCAAAUGAACCAUUGCUCUUUUGCAGAUGAGAAACCAUACAAGGUGAGGUAUAUUUUGGAUAGAAGGGAGGAGCGUGCCUGCACAGUAUGCACAUAAGCUGCCUAGAAAGCUCUGAUUGUGUAGCUUGAAGGUAACACUUUGUACUUGGCUCAACAAGGUACUAACUAUUACAACUUAGAGUGCUGAAGUUUGACAGCACGGUAAGUUUGUGGAAUUCAGAUAUCCAGUUCCUGCCUGGAAAUAAGACUAGUUCUGACUUCAAUGCAGUGCUUCUGUCUGUAGAUGAUGCUGUCCUCAAACAAGCUCCAAUAGCUGUCUGCUUAAAAUGAUACAGCUGAUUUGGGGCUUGUAUUUUAAUUCCUGAAAGUAGCCUGAUACAAACUGUAAAACUAGGAAGUGUGUGUGUGUAUGUAUGUGUAUAUAUAUGUAAAAUAUAUAUAUGUAUUUAUAUAUAUAUAUAAAAAAAACUGGCUAUCAUUUCUUCCAAUCCGUUUGAAGUACAAAUAGAGACGAAUGCCAGACACAGCUCAAGAUUCAGCAUCCCUCCUGAUGUUUUAUGUGUCCCGACUGGGGUAGUUGAUAUCAAAUGCAAGGGUGUCAGAAUUCAAAACAAACAUAACUGUGACACUCAGGUAGCUACAAAAUGAGACUUUAAAUAUUCUUUAAUGGAUUUUUGAAAGAGUUGAUGAUUUAAAUUAGUGACAUCUUGGAAGGUUGAUUAUCUGUCGGCUGUUGAGUUGUAGAUUAGAGCCACGGAGUAAACUCAUCAUCAAAAUUUAAAGUGAAUUUCUGAUCCGCCUUCUGAACUAUUACCUGAAUUGUUUGGAGGUGGCGUGUCCUACAGCAUUUGAUAAUGGAAGAUCCUAAGCAAGGAAUGUUCUGAGGUAAAACCUCAGUGCUAAUGUGUCUGUUUCGGUUUGCGUUUUUAGGGAUCAGACAGAAAUCUCUAACUGUGUGCUGAGCGUUCUGUCUGGUGGGAAUCAUGUCAUCCAUACUGCCAUUCACUCCACCAGUCGUGAAGAGACUUCUUGGGUGGAAAAAAUCUGCUGGUGGUUCCGGAGGGGCCAGCGGUGAGCAGAAUGGGCAGGAGGAGAAGUGGUGUGAAAAAGCAGUGAAAAGCUUGGUCAAGAAGCUGAAGAAAACAGGACAGCUGGAUGAGCUUGAGAAGGCCAUUACCACUCAGAACUGCAAUACCAAGUGUGUGACCAUACCAAGAUCUCUCGAUGGCCGGCUACAGGUGUCGCAUCGUAAAGGACUUCCGCACGUCAUCUACUGUCGUCUGUGGCGCUGGCCGGACCUUCACAGCCACCAUGAACUUAAAGCAAUCGAAAACUGUGAAUACGCUUUUAAUCUUAAGAAGGAUGAAGUGUGUGUAAACCCAUACCACUACCAGAGAGUGGAGACACCAGUCUUGCCUCCUGUCCUGGUGCCACGGCACACUGAGAUCCUGACAGAGCUUCCACCUCUUGAUGACUACACCCAUUCCAUUCCUGAGAACACUAAUUUCCCAGCUGGGAUUGAACCACAGAGCAACUACAUACCAGAAACACCACCUCCAGGAUAUAUCAGUGAAGAUGGAGAAACGAGUGACCAGCAGUUGAACCAAAGCAUGGAUACAGGAUCUCCAGCAGAGCUGUCUCCCAGUACUCUCUCUCCAGUCAACCAUAGCCUGGACUUGCAGCCAGUCACUUACUCGGAGCCCGCAUUCUGGUGUUCAAUAGCAUAUUAUGAGUUGAAUCAAAGAGUGGGAGAAACCUUCCAUGCAUCACAGCCUUCUCUGACUGUAGAUGGCUUCACAGAUCCAUCCAAUUCCGAACGGUUUUGUCUAGGCCUGCUUUCCAACGUCAACAGAAACGCGACAGUGGAAAUGACAAGGCGGCACAUAGGGAGGGGAGUGCGUCUCUAUUACAUCGGCGGCGAAGUCUUUGCUGAGUGUCUCAGUGAUAGCGCAAUUUUUGUUCAGAGCCCCAACUGUAAUCAAAGAUAUGGCUGGCAUCCUGCAACUGUCUGCAAAAUCCCACCAGGAUGCAAUCUAAAAAUCUUUAAUAACCAAGAAUUUGCUGCUCUUCUGGCUCAGUCUGUGAAUCAGGGUUUUGAAGCAGUUUAUCAGCUUACCAGAAUGUGUACCAUCAGGAUGAGUUUUGUUAAAGGAUGGGGAGCUGAGUACAGGCGGCAGACCGUGACAAGCACUCCUUGCUGGAUUGAGCUCCAUCUGAACGGACCUCUACAAUGGCUGGACAAAGUAUUGACUCAGAUGGGCUCCCCUUCAGUACGCUGCUCCAGCAUGUCGUAAAACUCCUUCCUCUGCUACCAGUGGGCUAAAUACUAAGACCUAUCAACAGACUUCAUAGAAAAGCUCGUCUAUCGUAGUAUUUGUGUGUGGUCCUCAUGAACUCUUUACUAUCCAAAAAAAGCUUUUUUUUUUUUUUUUUGUU